ACUGCUAAUCUGGUUCCCUUUCUGAAUGAGGGGACCAGUCGAACCAAAACAUCAACAAUAACAACAACAACAAAUAUGUCAAAGUCUUUUGUAUCUUGUAACAGUUUUAAAGGAUCGUUUGCUGCACAAAAUACUGAAAGUACAAUACUUGAGUGUAGAGUUUGUGACGAAGUGUUCCAACUCCAAGGAGACAAAGUUCCACGACUGUUGAUUUGUGGACACACUGUGUGCCACUACUGCUUGAGUAGACUCACAGUAAAUGACCAUGUCAUUCUGUGUCCUUUUGACCGUCAGCCAACAGAUAUAGGAGAUUCUGGUAUAUGGGGAUUAAAGAAGAAUUUUGCUCUGCUGGAGUUGUUGGAAAGAUUACAGUUCAGUCCUCAGACCACAGCUCCACCUUCCAGUUUUUCACAGGAAUCCAUAGCCAAGGAAAAAGAGUUUGAUAUACUCUGUGAUGAGAAUGAGGCACAUACAGCUGUUGUGUAUUGUAUCACCUGUGAGACACAUCUUUGCAUGGAAUGCUCAGAUACUAUUCAUAAUACAAGGACAUUGAUUAAGCAUAAAAGGGUGCCAAUAUCGGAAAAACCAAGAGAAAAUCCAAAAUGUAUUUAUCAUCCAAUGCAUUUUGUAGAGUUUUCCUGUUUAGAAGAUGAGUGUAAAACAAAUCCAUUAAUGUGUUACAUAUGUAAGGAUUAUGGAAGACAUGUUAAGCAUAAGCAUGCUUUAUUAGAAGUAGAGGCUGAGCAGGUCCGUACAUUUAUGCUGAAUGCAGUGCAACAUGUCAAGUCAUUUGGUGAAGAAGUGAAUGAUGCUAUACAUAGAAUUGGUUCAACAAUACAACAGUUGGAGGGUGGUUACCAACACAUCCAAAAUCCAGAGAGUACUAGCGUCUCACAACAGCAACCUGGAACAAUAGAAGAGGCAAGAAUAAAAAUACGAAACUAUUUUCAUACACUGCGUGAGACAUUAAACAGACAAGAGAUUACUGCUCUAACUACAGUAGACACUCACAUCCGAGAGAAAUUGUGCAUGUUACAGCAACAACAGGAAGAUAUGGCCAUGCUGUUGUCACAGAUAUCAGCUGUUUGUCAUCAGUGUGAAACCACUCUUAAGAGUGAUGAUACAAAAGUACUACUGGCAAAGCCUGAAGUGGGUGUACUUCUAGAGACAGUACAGAAACAACAACAACAGUUUUCUGAUCUACAGGAGCAUAUUACGCUUGAUCCCCAGAUACCCAUUACAUUCACUAAGGAUAAUCGUGUUCAUAUUGGACCAAAGAUAGAGAUGCGAGUGGUGAUAUUAGGUCUGGAUGGUGCUGGGAAAACUAGUCUUCUUUUCAAAAUGAAAAAUAAUGAGUUUAUUACAACAAUUCCCACAAUAGGGUUUAAUGUUGAAACAGUGGAGUAUAAAAAUGUGAAGCUGACGAUAUGGGAUGUUGGUGGACAACACAAGAUUAGACCAUUGUGGAAGCACUAUUAUUUUAAUACACAAGCAGUGAUAUUUGUCAUAGACAGCCACAACAAUGAUAGACUGAUUGAGGCCCAUAGUGCUUUUGUCAAACUGGUGCAAGAGAAGGAAUUGAAAGAUGCCUCACUGCUAAUAUUUGCAAAUAAACAGGACUUGAAUCCCAGUGUAUCAAUUGAGGAGUUGACAGAACAGUUUGGGUUGUUUAAACUGUGCUGUAACAGAAGCUGGCAUAUACAAGCCUGUGAUGCUAACACUGGGAUGGGUCUACAGGAAGGCCUCGAAUGGUUGUCCAGACAAAUUGUUGCUGCUGGUGCACCUGAUCUGCCAUGAUUAACUCCCUGAGGCCGAUAUCAUAACAUACCUGCUGCAGUGAGAUAAGAAUUACCACCUGAAGUCGAGGAAGAUUAUCUGAUCUUAUCAUAAUCACAGAUUGAAAUCAUGCAGGAAAACAUUAAUAACGUGGAAAUAAAUUUAAAUAAACUUACAAAACCUUCGAAUUUUGAAAAAAAAUAUUAUUCAAUUUUGUCCGUAACUUGUAUCUACAUAGAUUGGUAUAUUCACUUCGAAAUAUUCACAGUUUUAACACACCUAAUACGUUUAAUAAAUAUCAGAACAUUUCUGAUUUUCUUACCUUUUUCAAAUUUAAACAUAUUGAAUUCCAAAAAAUAUAAAUACAUUAUUAACGCAGAAUAUUUACAUCAGCAUUGCUUGAAAUUUAUGCCGUUUUUGUAUGAAUAUAGACGACUUUUGUGUAUAAUUUAUUUAUAAACAUGUACACGGACAUUGUGUGAUACAAGCUGAGAGCUUCUGUAAAGUACAGAGAAGUUGUGAUAUUUAAUUUAUUUUUGAAGAAUUAUUAAAUUCACAAACAUGACAUUUGCGUAUAUUAACACACAUUUUUAUGCCCCCAAAGGGAGGCAUAUUAGUUUUCAACUGUCCGUCCGAUCGUUCGUUCAUCACAACGUUAACUUUUUGCAUGAAGGCACUUUACUCGCGAACCACUGUGCCCAGGACCUUCAAACUUCACAUGCUGGUAGUACUUAUUGAGUACACGACCCUACAGACUUUGGGGUCACCAGGUCAAAGGUCAAGGUCACAGGGGCCAAUGUUAACUUUUUGCAUGAAGGCACUUUACUCGCGAACCACUGCACCCAGGACCUUCAAACUUCACAUGCUGAUAGUACUUAUUGAGUACAUGACCCCUACUGACUUUGGGGUCACCAGGUCAAAGGUCAAGGUCACAGGGGGCAAUGUUAACUUUUUGCGUGAAGGCACUUUACUCGCGAACCACUGCACCCAGGACCUUCAAACUUCACAUGCUGAUAGUACUUAUUGAGCACACAAUCCCUACUGACUUUGGGAUCACCAGGUCAAAGGUCAAAGUCACAGGGGCCAUUGUUAACUUUUUGCAUGAAGGCACUUUACUAGCGAACCACUGCACCCAGGACCUUCAAACUUCACAUGCUGAUAGUACUUGUUGACUACACGACCCCUAUUGACUUUGGGGUCACCAGGUCAAAGGUCAAGGUGCUGUGGGGGCAUUUGUCACCAUUAGUGACAGCUCUUGUUUUAUUUUAUGAAACAUAUUUUGUUGUGUUAAUUUUAUUCAUUUGUACAGCUUGAGAUGUACGUAUACAAAUACUUCAACCUUUUGAAACUUAACAUUUCCACGGGACUGAGAAUGUAAAUGAUUAUUUUCUUCAUUUUCAAAAACAUCACUCGCAGACGACAUUAUUUUACUCUUGAAAAGUCAAAUACAGUUUGAAUGAAACACAGAGCAGUUCGUCUUUUCUAUUUUCUUUACAUGACCGCGUAAUUACAAACAUUUAUUUGAACAAGGGAACUAAUUAUUAAUUCAAUUAAUAACUAGAACAUCUAAGAAAUAGUAGCAGGUAUGCAAAUUAAUUUUGCUUUUGUAAGGAUCAUCAAAAACUAACAAGUACAUGAUGCAAUCAGCAUGAUCUCGGUAUGAUAUUAAAACUUUUGAUACACUGCAUAAUUCCAAAAUAAUGUCUUGAAAUGAGCUUGUAAUGUGCAAAUCUCUUUUAUCCUGGGCAAAGCACAAUGGUGAUGGAGAGAAGGCACAUUAUGAAGCAAUGCUAGAACAACAGUUGGUAAAAACACAAUAUCAAAUUGGGUCUUUAUCAUCAUGCCUUCACUCCAUCACUAGUGGCUAUCACUUUUUUAGCUCCACUAUUCGGAGAAUAGUGGUGCUAUUCUACUCGCCCCGGCGUCGGCAUGUCCUUGGUUAAAGUUUUUUGGCAAACUUUGUUUUUCUGUCAUAUCUUUGUUACUAUUGCUUAUAUCUUACUGUAACUUCACAUAAAGAUUGUCCAACUACAAGCUCACAAAGUACAUGCAGGGGCUGGGCCCAUUAUACUCAAGGUCAAAGUUACCAAGUUGUUAUACUUGGAAUUAUUUUCAUGUUGAAUUUUUUCAAAAGCUUCGUUUAUAGACAUAUCUUUGUUACUUUAAAAGAUAAUGACUUGAAAUUAAAAAUGUUUCUUUAUAAUCAUCAUCUGUAUGUGUGGUUACAAACCCCAUAACUGUAAAUAUAUUUUUGACAGAAUUAUGCCCUUAUUUAAAGUUUUUUUUGGCAAUCUUCAAUCUUAACUUUAGUACAAUAAAAGAUAAUGAUGUGAAACUUAAAAUGUAUUUUUAUCAUCAUCAUCUGCUAUAAUAUAUAAAUAAAAUAAAUAAAAAAUGAAUAGAAAUAUAAUUUGAGUUUAGCAAAGUCUUUACACUUUAUCUGCAUAUAGUUUCUUGGACUGUUUUUCCUGAUAAAAUUUAAUUUCAUCAAAUAAAGAAUGUCAGUACCCCUUCCAUACUCGACCUUUAACCCCUCUGAGUAGUAGGGUCUUUUUAUAUCUUGGUGUAUGUUCCUUUUAAAGUAGAGGUCUCUUAUUGAGACAUAAUUUCAUUUCACUGUCAAAUCUGCGAAUAGUGGAGCGCGCUGUCUUACGGACAGCUCUUGUUAAAGUAAUACUGCUUCUUUGUCAUUGUGCUGUCGUAACUAUCAUGUCAGCUUACUGUUGUGGCGUCGCGUGUACCUGAUGCGAUAACGAUAACGCGAUGACCUUAACAUUGUAGCAUUAUCGCAAGCCUGUCUGACAUGGGCAUAAACUCAUAACAAUAAAAUCUGUAAUUUGAUCGAGUCUGUUCAUCGUAGAGAGGUAUGGAAAGUGUAACAUCCAUCACGACCCCUAGUACCGGCUUAAGUGGAAUUCUACUGCAUACAUAUCAAAUAGACUUCAUGAUCCCAAAGGACCAGAAAAUAUAACAAGAUUGAAUCCAAGUACGGGGAGACUUUCUACGGCUGCCACAUGGCACUUAAAGAUUGCUAUUAAUUAAUUUAUAAGUUGAUCCUUUGGAAGCACAGAAUGCAACCAAACAGAAUAAUAGCAGACUCGGUUUGAGGUUUGAGUCUGCUCUUAAGAGGUUAUGGAAAGGGCAAGUCACAAAUGUUGUAACUUAGACUUCGAACUUCUAAACUGUCAAACCAGUUUCACACUAACAACCAUUACAUGCAAUUCAGUUUAAAGUUCAAUUAUAAUACCUACAUUUUAAAAAACAGUGUCCCGGAAUCUGUCACAGUAGUCUUCCAUUAGUUUUUGAUAGCUAUAUGUUUGGAAAAAUGGCUUUUCAAUGUAACUCAUCACAGAUGGAAUCUGAGAUACCUAGAUUAUUGUGUGUUUUACCUAAGAAUUAAACCAUUGAAACAUU